AUGACCUUACUAGAAGAAAGGCUAAAAUCCUUUUUCCAGCUCAACAAGGAAAUAAUACUCCAUGGAGAACUAAGAAUUGCAAUGGGAAAUGAGGCAUGCGACCUGGACUCGUUUAUAAGCUCGUUGGUGGUUGCAUAUGCAGAAGAUGCUGUCCAUGUUGUUAACAUGAGGAAGGAGGUCUUCAUGGCCAAGGGAGAGAUGAUGUGGAUCUGUAGCAGGUUUGGAAUAAAUGUGGAUGACCUGAUAUUCCUGGUCAAGCCGACGCUACACUUUUCCCCAAAGGCAAGAAAAGUAGGGGCAUACUUUGAUGUCGAGGGCAAAGAGUGCCCUAUAUCUGGGAAGAAGAUAAAGCUCCUCCUCACCGACCACAACAGGCCUGUCGAGGUAUUCGAUGACUGCGAGAUUGAGCUGAUCAUAGACCACCACACGCUUUCCGACCAUGUCUUUCCUGCAAAGAGAAUAUACAUCGACCUAGAUGUCGGGUCUGCAACCACACUGGUUUCAAGGUAUCUUGGAGAGGAUCUGACAAGGAAAAACCACCGCACUGCACCCAGGAGCAGGCCUCCAAAAGACGAGGAGAGAGAAGCCCUGUGCUCAGCCUUUGCUAGGCUCCUGCUUGUUCCGAUUCUGAUAGACACCGGAUUCCUAAGGAAGCGCACAAGUAUCUUCGAUGUUGUCGAAUACAAAAAGCUAAAAGACUUGGCAGGCGUGAGGAGAAAGGAGCUGAAGAAAGUAGUCCGGGCCCUAAAGUCUGCCCGCAGGAACGAUUCCGAGCACGAAACAGACCUAAUCCUCCAGAAGGACUUCAAGGCAUUCCACUACAAGAAGUUCUUCUUUGGAGGGUCUACAGUGAAGUAUCCAUUCGAAGACUGGGCGGACAGGGAGGGAAAAAGCAUCAGCGGCCUCCCAGAGAGUAGAACAGGAAUGGCCCUGAUGCUGCAGAUCGAAGCCUUCCGAAAGGCAAUGGGGUUGGACUUCUUCUUUGUGGCAACCAAAAACAGGGGAGUGAGGAGCAUAAUCUUUGCAAGCUUUCCUUUUGUGAAACAGCUCGUUAGGAAAAGCAAGAUGAAGAGCAUCGAAUACAAGGGACUGGAGUAUUACUCUGCAAACAAGAAAUUGACAAGGAAGAUUCUUGUUCCCGAAAUAGUUAAGAUAAUCGACAAGCACACAGGCGAUCCAAAGCGAGACAAAAAAGGCUCGUAA